AUGCAAGCUUUGCCAGACACGAAAGCACCAUGUGAGGCCCUUCCUUCCCCCAUCCUGGAGCCCUACCCCCAGAGCUCCAUUGUGGUCACCCUCGAGGACAUGGGUCUCUGGAUGAAGUUUUACCAGAUAGGAACUGAGAUGGUCAUCACCAAAUCUGGCAGACGAAUGUUUCCACAAUGCAAAAUCAAAGUCUCUGGCUUAAUCCCAUAUGCCAAGUACCUCAUGCUGGUAGAUUUUGUGCCAGUGGACAACUUCAGGUACAAGUGGAAUAAAGAUCAAUGGGAAGUUGCUGGAAAAGCAGAGCCCCAUCUCCCUUGUCGCACCUAUGUCCACCCAGAUUCCCCAGCUCCUGGCAGCCACUGGAUGAAAGAACCUGUCUCCUUCCAAAAACUGAAGCUCACCAACAACACCCUGGAUCAACACGGGCAUAUCAUCCUCCACUCCAUGCACCGUUACAAGCCGCGUUUCCACAUUGUGCAGGCAGACGACCUCUUCAGUGUCCGCUGGAGCAUCUUCCAGGUCUUCAGCUUCCCAGAGACUGUCUUCACUUCUGUCACUGCCUACCAGAAUGAGCAGAUUAAAAAGCUCAAGAUUGACAACAAUCCAUUUGCUAAAGGUUUCCGUGAGCACGGGAGGAACACUCGAAGGGAAGGACGAGCCAAAUGCCAGAAGAGGAAGCUGCCUGAGGAAAAGGAGCCUGAUGCUGAGGAACAUGAUUUUGAGAAGGAUGAGAAUGUAGAUGUGAAGGAAGAGAGUAACCCCGUGGUGGUCAGCAGCGGAUAUCCCUUCUGGAGCUCGGAGCAGAAUGGCAGCCAUACCUUCCCUGCAGCUUCACCAGUGCCUGCUGACCAGAGGGAGGGUCUGGCCAGAGAGCAGCAAGUGCCAACACCGUCCUACCAGUCAUAUCGGUUCCACGAAGCUGGGGACAGCCAGCAGCUUCCCACCCGCGAUGCCGCAACCUUGAACGAUUUCCGGGCAAGGUGCCAUGCCUUGGAUCUUGCCACUGUGCCCGAGCAUGACUCCAAACAGCUCCCUGAGGGCUUCACCAACCUGCCUCCACUCCCCCCACCUCUGCCUCCUCCCCAGGACUACACAGGAGUGGUGAACAUGGCUCUAGACUCUGUUGGGAAACCUGGGGCCCGAGCACCCAUGUACAGUCCCUAUGGCACCGAGCAGGGCCUCGGGCAGUGGAUGGUGCCUUCCCACAGCCAGUACAGGGCAAUGAGCUACUCAGCCUUCUCCACAGAGUACAACACACAGGGUGCUCCAGGACAUGCCCAUGGGACUGUGGCGGAGUGGAGCCAGUACCCUUUGUUCCCCUAUGCCUGCUGGUGA